AUGGUCAAUGGUUUUCCGUAUCAACUGACUAAAAAAGCCACUCAAUUUGAGCAAUGUCCGACGCUAUUUAACCCACCACCAUAUACUACAGUAAUCAGUGAUGUAAAACUUACUCCAAAAACUAAUUCUCAACUCGAGGUUAAUGGUUCAGCGACAACCAACAAGGAUAUUACAGAUGUCGAUUUCUUCGGUUUUGCAAUUUUCGAUAUAAAUCUUAAUUUCAUAUUCGGCAGACUUUUAAAUAUUUGCAAGGAUACUAAAACUAAAUGUCCAACUAAAGAGUUCAAAUUUGACCAAAAAUAUGAUUUAACAAACGAGUUGCCGCAGGGAUACUUCAUUGGAAUUGCAAUUGGUCCUAACACAACAAAUCCGAUUAAGGCACUAGCUUGUGGCCUGG